AUGGAUAGGAUGAGUCUGUUGCCAGAUGACUUGAUCUUUAAGAUACUCUCUUUUGUUCCGUCGAAAGUCUCAGUGUCCACAAGACUUUUGUCAAAACGUUGGUGUUCACUUUGGAAACACGUCCCAAAUCUUAGGUAUUUCGAUCCACAUAUUGACAGUGAAUACUGGAGAGCUUCACGUUUUAUCGACAAGUUUUUGCUACUACGUGACGCUCAUGCAUCUCUAGGUUCUAUGCAUCUAUAUAUUAGUCAAAACUGUCCUCCUACCGAUAUUGAAACAUGGGUUGGUAUUGCAGUUUCUCGUGGUGUGCGCGAUCUUCUGGUUCACCGGUGUAGACCAUGUUUCAGGCCCACACGGUUGCCUAGGAGUUUGUAUACAUGUGAAACCCUAGUGACGUUAAGCCUACAACAGGCCAUCAUAGUUGAUGUUCCCUUGAAUAUUUGCUUCCCGUCACUCAAGAGCUUGUCGCUUAUAUUUGUGGACUUCCCUAGCGAUGAUGAUAUCGUUCAUCGGCUUCUAUCGGGUUGCCGUGUCCUUGAAGACCUAAAAGUGGUUCGAUGGUACGACAUUAUGAAAACUUUCAAAAUCAUGGUUCCUUCAUUGCAAAGUUUAACAGUCGAUGAUGUUUUUCUAUAUGGAAAUCCAGUUCCACAACAUGCCGGUGGGUUUGUGAUCAAAGCUCCUUGUUUAAAGUCGUUAGCGAUUACUAGCCUGUUUGGUUCGUUCUAUUCACUGGUGAAAAUGCCAUACCUGGUGAAGGCUAACAUAAUGCUUAAGCAUGGAGAUUCUAAGAAUAUUCUCGGAUGUGUUACCUCAGCCAAACACCUAUCCUUAUGUGUGAAUCAGGAUUUUUAUCCAAUAGGGGACUUCAAUGAGCUCGUGUCUCUUAAAGUCUGUACAUGUUCUUUAGUGUUGUAUCGUCUUAUACUCAGACGUGCACCUAAACUCCGCUUUCUCAGAUUCCAAGGUCAAGCAAACUUUAUUCCAACUCCCUACCUAAAUGAUCUUCAGAAAUGUUACAGCAGUUUUGGACAAGUCCAGAGUGAGUGGGAGGCACCGAGUUCUGUUCCUGAAUGUUUGAUUUCGAGCCUCGAAACUGUCGAGUGGAAUGAUUACAAAGGAACAAAAGCAGAGAACAAAGAGGUUUUGUAUUUGGUAGAUAACUCUGGAGGACAGCUAAAGACAGUGGCUGUUACACUCUCAAAGUCAGACACCACUAGGGGAAAAAGACACAUGAUACUGGUAGAGCCUAAACGAAGGAGUUCUAACAAAUGA